AAAAUUCAGUUAUGAUCGUCCAACUCCAUCAAUGAGCAACCCUCACCCUCUUUGGUUAGCCUCCCCAACUCAUCAGGUCGAAAGCGGAGCCGAUCCCAGAUGGAGACUCCGGGUGGAAGAGCGGCGGUGAUCGCACCCCUACCUUGAAAAAGGUGACAGGCAGCGGCUCGAUCAAUCUCUCUCUCUCUGCCUUCCUCCCUUUGUUGUGGUUCGGCGGUCGAAUCGAAACCGCCGUCGGUUUGUUCUCUUGCCCUCAAAAUCUUUGCGGAAUUUAGCGCUGGUUCGAAUUGAUUCCUUUACUCGGGAGAGGAAUUUCUAGGGUUUUCUUAUCGCAGAUGUCGUCAGAUCCACCGGAUGAUGUCUCCGUCGGCGAUAUUGGGCAUCACCUACCGAUAUUCCAUUUUGCAAGUCCUGAGGCCUUUGUUGCUUGUCCUAUGGCGGCGGCUGGGAUGCUUUGUUUGGAAACCCUAGCUGUUUCCGCGGGGGAGGAUCUCUUAGCAAAGAAAGAUGCAGCGCGGGAUCUGGCGAUUGAUUGUGUUGUUCGGCGACGCGGAAAUGAGAGUCUGGGCAGUGCGGUUGGUGGUAGUGCGGAUGUUGCUAAAGAGGCGGGGGCAGACGAGAAGGAAAUGGAAGAAAAUGAUGAGAGCGAUUUGAGAUAUGCGGACGAGAUGAAGGUCAUUGCGGAAACUGAAACGAAGAAUGCAGCGGUCGAGUUGAAUGGAGAGACGAUGAUGGAUAAAGGUGACGUUUUUACUGCUGAGUUUUGUGGGAAGAUCGACGCGGAUGCAGCUGCCUUCGGGGACAAGAAUGCGCAAGUGGAGGAACACGAACUGCGGAAAAGGAGAAGGAGAGGAAGGCGGCGACGUUCCACCAUUGUAGAAGAAAGACGAACUGUGCGGUAUUUGCAACCCUUCCAAGAUGAGAAUAAGGACAGUUUUGCAAUCUCGGAUCUGGUGUGGGGUAAGGUAAGGAGCCACCCUUGGUGGCCUGGUUGGAUCUUUGGCCCAUCAGUUGCAUCAGACAUAGCGUUGAGUACUCAGAAAGAGGAUCACCAUCUGGUACUCUAUUUCGGUGACAAGACUUUUGCUUGGUGCCAAGAAUCCAACCUGAAGCCUUUCCAAAGGUACUUCACUCAGAUGGAGAAGCAAGGCAGGGGUGAUGUAUUUGGUACUGCAGUAAAUGAUGCAUUAGCAGAGGUCUCAAGACAUUUGGAGCUGGGAAUGAGAUGCAUUUGUUCACAAGAUGAAGCGUAUGCUGUUCUGAAGGACCUUUGGGUUGAGAAUGCUGGAGUUCAGGAAGGAACAUGUAGUUGUGCUGUUAAUAAAUCUUGGAUCAUGAACUCAUUUGAACCUAAGAAAAUGAUGGACUAUAUUCGGUUGUUAGCUAUGUCCCCAUGCAGAGGAGCCGACACCUUGGAUCUUGUGAUAGCAAAAGCUCAUCUGAAGGCCUUUCAUUGCACUAACGGUUGUCUUCAACUCCCUGUUUCUGUCCUGUAUCAAGAGCUAGAGGAUAAUGAUGAGAGUUUGCCAGCUACAGAAAUAAAUCUUUGUAAUGGUAUUGCUGAUAUGUUGAGUCCAGUUUCUUCAGCUGCUUGUUUUGUUAAUAAGGAAUUAAGGCGCAGAUCAAGAACUAAGAGAGACAAGAUGGAUGUUCUAAGUGGGCAUAGAAAAAGAAAGAGCUUAUCUGAGCUAACGGAUGAUAAAUGCUUGCCUCGCCAUAUUGAUUGUCAUAGAAAUAGUAUUGACAGAAGAGAUCCUUUGACUUCAUCAACUAAGAGACAAAAGAUUGCCUGUUUUUAUCCUGUCAUCUCGGGGAAGCGUAAGAUGAAAAAACUUGAUUCUUUAGGAGAUAUGACAAUGGCAUCUCUAAAUUGUAGUAAACAGUUCAGGGCUAAAGAACACAAUGACCGAAUUAUGGGAAAGAGUAAAAAGUCCCCUACUUUCAUAAAAAGGAAUUCACCUAGAUUAAGCCAAAAGAGAAAUGCAGUUUUUGAUUAUCCUAAUUCGCAAAUGGGGACUGGAAGAUUGGAAAAGACAGAACUAAAGGACUGCUCACCUUAUAAAAUGUCCUCAGGACAGUGCUUAGCUGCAAUCAAUCCACUUAACAUGGAUAAAACAGAUAAAACAGUCAGUUUUUUCAAUGGGUUUAGAGUAGUAUCUUGUUCUUCAGAAGACAAGGGAGUAGAGGAUAUAGGUUCUAGAAAACAGAGCAGGUCACAAUUGUCAAAAUCCAAGACAGUCCUUUCAGAUUUGGCCUCACCUUGCUUCAUUCAGGAUUCAUAUUGGUCUGAUAUUAUUGUUUGUAGCAAUUUGGAUGAACAACUUGAAUCUAAAAGCUCAAAAAGAAAUGGAGAAACACAAGUGAAGAGACUGAAGAAGAAGGAGAAAGCUCAAAAAGCAAACUGAGUUAUUCAUUCCAUCUUGCUCGAUGUCAAGUGCUGUAGAGUAUUUACAGACUGGUUCAGCUUGUGUUAAUGUAGCAAAUGAAUUUGAAGCUGGAAAUCUCCAAGAUAAUAUAGAAGUCUAUGAUCGCAUCCCAUCAGCUUCUUAUAACUGCCCCUAGUUACUGAAAAGGAUGUAUUCUCGGUUGGUGUUGGAGCUUUCAGGCUGUGCAUAUGAAUUUGAAGUCUGGAUUCCAGAAGCAUACAAUUUCGAAAUAGCAGGCCAUCUUUUUAGUGUAGUUGGUCUCACUUUUGUUUUAGUAGCCUCACACUCUUGUUACAUGAUUGUGUAUGUUCUAACUGGUUUUUUGCAUGGUAUUUCUUGAAAGUUUAUGCAUACAUCAGAAUAUGUUGUCCUA